ACGCAUUUAGUUCCCCUUCCGCAACAUAAAUAAUUAUUAAUAAACUCUACGGAAAAAAGCGAAAAAUCUCAAUUCCACCUACAAUUCAAGCCAAAAUGGUACUCUUGCAUGUCAAGCGCGGCGACGAGAAUCUAUUCAUUUACGAGACCAGCGUCGAUGAAGGCACCACUCAAGUUAUACGCGAAAUUACCGCUAUUUAUAACGGUCGCCUAAAGGUUUAUCGCAUUUGCUCGGAAAUUGAGGAGCUUAUCGAACAUGGCACCAUGCUGCCGCCGGAAAUGGUUGGCCUAACCGAUGAGCAAGUACAAGAAUUAAAAUUGAGAGACAUUUGGACUGAGAAGUGUAUACCAGCAGGUGGUUUCAUUGUCAAUAAAGAUCCACUUGGACGUCGUAAUGGACAUCAGCCGCAAGAAAGAAUGCGUGAGAUGUUGAAGCAGGCAAUGGAAGAUGCUAAGAAAAUAAUCGAUAAGAAACUAGUGGCAGCGCGCCAACCGUUGAAUUUGAAAAAUAUUGGUGAGGCUUUGAAUUUGUUGCGCGGUGCCGUUACGAUUGUCUAUCCCAUGCAAUUGCCACCACAAAAUAAAUAAAAAUUAUUACAAAGUUAAACUUACUCGAACAUAAAGUAACUUAAUAGAUUGCAAAGAAAUUUUUAAGCGCUUAAAAAACAUUUUAAAAGUUAUUAAAUUGCCUUACAACAACAGAUCACUUAAGAUUGUAGAAAUAACACUCGUUUAUACUUCGUAAUUCUGCGUUUGUAUUUCGUAACACUUCUUUAAUACUUCGUAUAGCUCUCUUACGCUUCGUUUAUACUUCGUGUAACUCCACAACAUUUACUUUGGAUUUCGUAUAGCUUCGCAACACUUCGUAUUAAUUUGUUACACUUCGUUUUUAAUUCGUAUAACAUCGUAACACUUCGUUAAUAUACGUUUCAACUCCGUAACUUUCGUCAAUCGUCGUUACAGCUCGU